AAAACUCUUGACCCGAAACAUCACGAACAAGCCGAGUCUGAUGAAAUAUACACAGCUUGUUAAAUACAUCAAUACACAAUCUUAUACGACCUCUGGGACUUCAGAACGAUGAUAGGGCUGGACACAUGGACGUGGGUGGGUCUAGCCGGGGUAGGAGCCCUGCUGUGCGUGGGUGUAGGUACUUUUAUUAUCCGCAGUCGACGGAGGAAGCUAGCUGCCCCACGUGACGUUGUGGUGGUCCACCACUUUUUCGGCAGAGGGUUAGUGGUACCCAGCAAGUCCCCAUUCCCGAUGAAGCUCGAAACUUUUUUGCGUAUGACCAAAACACCGUAUAUGAAUGACCACAGCGGCCGAAUGUCGACGAAAGGUAAGACCCCCUGGAUUGAAUACAACGACACCCAGGUAACAGACUCACAGUUCUGUAUUGAGUUCAUCAAAAAGAAAAUGGACAUCGACUUAAACAGGAGCCUGAGUGAACAACAGAAAAGCAUUGCCAGGGCCUUCCUCAAACUGAUAGAGGAAAACUUUUACUGGACCAUGUGCAUUGAAUUGUUUUGUAACGAAGACAACAUACCACUGUUAAAGACCCAAGCCCCCCUGAAGGGCCCCGGGUUCUGGCUUUACUAUUGGUUUGUGAAGCGCGCCAUCAAGAGCGCCACCUGGGGGCACGGUAUUGGGCGCCACAGUGUGGAUGAGGUUUGGAGCAUAGCACAGGGCGACAUUGAGGCGCUGUCUCAUUUUCUAGGAAAUAAGAGGUAUUUUAUGGGUGACGAGCCUAGCGAGAUAGACUGUUCAUUGUUUGGAAUGUUAUCUCUGCUCCUUGUGUCCAUGCAAGGAACGAGAUACGAGGCUUUCACCAAACAGCACUACCCUAACCUGUUGACCUACUUCCAGAGGAUGAAGUCAGCCUAUUGGGCGGACUGGGACACUCUCAUCACUUCUAGCGAAAGCUUCAAAAACGAUCACGGAAAAGUGUAUUUCGCUGAAAAUGUCGUUAAAAAAUGAUUUUGAUCAUUUAACUAAUGUUACGGGUUAUUACGGGCCGCCAGAACCGCCAGAAGGCGAUCCGUUAUUUGAUAUACAUUUAAUGGUUAUUUUUAUGAAUUAAAAGUAAAUUUUCAUGUAGAAAUAUGUUUAUGCCUUUUAAAAAAUAUUACAUAUUUUUUGUUUUUCUCGUAAAUGUAAAAUAUGUCAUACUUAGUAGACUGUCGUGUUUGGCGCGUUUUUAUCGAGACUAGCAUCUAUUCGGGAAAAUUUCGAGUUCUUCGUUCUGUAAAAAACAAUGUAUCGGGAUCGGUAUAUGGGACAUACUAAAGACUUUAAUGACAUUCAAUUUUAUACAAGCUUAUCUUUUAAAAAGAUUGGUGAGCUAGCGCUGUAGCCGUCAUAAAACACAGAAGCAGAUUUCUAAAACAUUGAUUUAUAUUUCUGAAUCGAUUAAUUAAAUAGGAAGGCAUAGUGGUGUACUGGAAUUGUACUGGAGUGGGGUCUCAAUUUAGAACUGUAAAUCUAGAGGCAUGGCAUAGCUCAUUGACUGUGCCUUAAUCAUUAUACAUGUAUCUACUGUAAUUUCAAUUUCGAAGUGAAAAUUUUCAAGAACCAUUGGUACUGUUUUGUAGCAAUCGUAUCUUCUCGUGCUUUUCCGUCAAGCUCGGAAAACAUAUCCGAAGUUGUUUUCAGAGUUUGAAGAAAUUUAAGAUAAAGCUAGCUAUUUAUUACAAUAUUGAAAAAAACUGCGCAUUAUAAGAUAUCAGCUACUGUUACUUUUUGACAUGUACAAUAAAACACAAAACUUUAUGUGAAAAUGAUAAAACGGAAUUCAAAUGGUACAGUUUAUCUACAGUAGUACAGUAUUCCCAGAAUCCCCUACUAUGGAGCCGAGCAUGCGUAUUCCAGUGAAAAAGACUAACGUAGUAGCGCUAGCAAUAAAUGAUAUAUUUAAAUUUCUAUGUGCUGCGUUAAAUAUGACGACUUUGUGUGUGUAUUUAUUAUAUUUCCAAGUGAAGUGUGGUAGAAAAAUAUGAAAUGACAUCCAUAUCAAUUUUUUACGCAAAAAUAUGAGAAUAUGAUGAAAAUUUAAAAUAACCUGAAAAUUUGAACUUACUUAUCUUUAAAUUCUUUUGAGAACCAGAUGAGC